UUAGUUGGUACUCUACACUCUGUCUAGCAGUUAACCACACUUCACCACCUGUGUCUCUUCUUUUUUUCGCCUUCUCAAAUUUUUGGUCUCGCUAUAUCGGUCAAAUUCAUUCACUAAUUGAAUUGUGACACGAUAGGGAUAUCGUUUUUUUCGUUUUAUUUUUUUUUCAAUUAAAAAACUGAUCCUUGAAAUAAAUUUCGGCUGGACCAACAAAAAGACAGGAUACCCCUGUGGAUUAAAUUGCUGCUUAAAUAAACUUAAGUGCUCAUCAUGAGGAGCGCUGUAUUGCUAUUAGCGUUUUGCGCUGUUAGCUUCUGUGCGGAACUUGAGAAUCCGAACACAGAAGAAGAAUUAAUUCGACAGACUAGAGAAAUCGAUGGUUACAAUUACGAAGUACCCAAAGUACCGUUUACAGAGCCUACUCGAAGGACAACGUCUAAGACUACACCCUAUGUACCAAUAACUCAGAAGACAACACAAUAUGUUCGUACUACACCACGAACAACUCCAUACGUGCCAAUCACUCAGAAGACAACUCAGUAUGUGCGAACAACUCCAAGGACAACACCAUAUGUUCCAGUUACCCAGAAGACAACACAAUACGUUCGUACCACUCCACGAGCAACUCCAUACGUGCCAAUCACUCAGAAGACAACACAGUAUGUGUCUGUGCGCACAACUCCCAGGACAACACCAUUUGUCCCCACCAACUUUGUUACUCAAAAGGUAACUCAAAACGUUCGUACCACACCACGAACAACUCCAUAUGUGCCAAUCACUCAAAAGACAACUCAGUAUGUGCGUACAACUCCACGGACAACACCAUAUGUUCCAGUUACCCAGAAGACAACACAAUACGUUCGUACUACUCCACGAGCAACUCCAUAUGUACCAAUUACGCAGAAAACAACGCAAUACGUUGCAAAGUCUACUACUCCCCGACCAGUAACAGGGCGAACUGUUGUGACACAACCCACCAAAAAGCUUGUAACUGGUUACACUUACCCACCACCUGAAACACCAUUUACCUACCCAACAACCCAAAAGCCGGUUCCUACAACAAGGGCUCCACCACCACCAGUGACAACUCGUAAGCUGACAACUCCAGUGCCAACAUACCUGCCACCUACAACACGCAGGCCACCACAACCAGUCACAACUCCCAGGCCAAUAACUCAAAGACCAACAACAAGGCCUCCACCACCAUCUGUGAGAACAACACAAUACGUUACGCAACCAAGGCCAACACCAACUGUGAGAACAACUCAAUACGUAACGAAACCAAGAACAACCCCUGUGCCAACUUACUUACCACCCACAACUCGUCGCCCAGUUCCAACAACGACCAGGGCACCACCAGCACCAGUGACAACUCGUAAGUUGACAACUCCAGUUCCAACAUACUUGCCACCUACAACCCGUAGACCACCACCACCAGUGACAACUCCAAGGCCAACAACUCCAGUUCCAACUUACUUGCCACCCACAACCCGUCGUCCAGUUCCAUCAACGACAAGGGCUCCACCAGCACCAGUGACAACUCGUAAGCUGACAACUCCAGUUCCAACAUACUUGCCACCUACAACCCGUAGACCACCACCACCAGUGACAACUCCAAGGCCAACAACUCCAGUUCCAACUUACUUGCCACCCACAACCCGUCGUCCAGUUCCAUCAACGACAAGGGCUCCACCAGCACCAGUGACAACUCGUAAGCUGACAACUCCAGUUCCAACAUACUUGCCACCUACAACCCGUAGACCACCACCACCAGUGACAACUCCUAGGCCAACAACUCAAAGACCAACAACAAGGCCUCCACCACCAAGUGUGAGAACAACGCAAUAUGUUACCCAACCAAGACCAACACCAACUGUGAGAACAACUCAAUACGUAACACAACCAAGACCAACGCCAACAGUGAGAACAACUCAGUACGUAACGCAGCCAAGGCCAACAACAACAACAUUGAGACCUAAGCCAACUGGUUACACUUACCCACCUCCAGAAAAUCCAUUGACGUAUCCAACUCAAUCGGUUCCAAGAACUACUCCACGUCAAACUCCAACAACUCGCAAACUAACAACUCCAGUGCCAACUUAUUUACCACCCACAACUCGCAGGCCACCACCCCCGGUCACAACACCCAGACCAACAACUCCAAAACCAACAACGAAGCCUCCAGCACCAAGAACUACCCCUGUGCCUACUUACUUGCCACCCACAACGCGUCGUCCAGUUCCAACAACUACAAGGGCUCCACCACCACCAGUGACUACUCGUAAGUUGACAACUCCCGUUCCAACUUACUUGCCACCUACAACUCGCAGGCCCCCACCUCCAGUUACAACUCCAAGGCCAACAACUCCAAAGCCCGUAACAAGGCCACCACCACCACCAACAACUCCUGCACCUACUUACUUACCACCCACAACUCGCAGGCCAAUUCCAACCACCAGAGCUCCCCCACCACCAGUGACAACUCGUAAAUUGACAACUCCCGUUCCAACAUACUUGCCACCCACAACUCGCAGACCCCCACCUCCAGUAACAACUCCAAGGCCAACAACUCCAAAGCCAGUAACAAGGCCACCACCACCACCAACAACUCCAGCACCAACUUACUUACCACCCACAACUCGCAGGCCAAUUCCAACCACCAGAGCUCCCCCACCACCAGUGACAACGCGCAAAUUGACAACUCCCGUGCCAACAUACUUGCCACCUACAACUCGUAGGCCUCCACCACCAGUGACAACUCCUAGGCCAACAACUGCAAGGCCAACAACAAGGCCUCCAGCACCUAGGACAACUCCAGUGCCAACAUACUUACCACCCACAACUCGUCGUCCAGUUCCAACAACGACAAGGGCUCCACCACCACCAGUGACCACUCGUAAAUUGACAACUCCAGUGCCAACAUACUUGCCACCUACAACUCGUAGACCUCCACCACCAGUGACAACUCCUAGGCCAACAACUGCAAGGCCAACAACAAGAACUCCAGCACCUAGGACAACUCCAGUGCCAACAUACUUACCACCCACAACUCGUCGUCCAGUUCCAACAACUACAAGGGCUCCACCACCACCAGUGACCACUCGUAAGUUGACAACCCCAGUGCCAACAUACUUGCCACCUACAACUCGCAGGCCACCACCACCAGUGACAACUCCAAGGCCAACAACGUCAAGGCCAACGACUCCCAGCCCAACUACAACUCGUCCUAAGUCAACCCCAGCUCCAACAUACUUACCUCCGGUUCCAAUCACUACUCGCAGAGCACCACCACCAGUAGAAAAUCUUAGGACAACAACUCCAAUUCCAACAACGAGAACUCCAGCACUAAGAACUACUGCCCCACCAACAUACGUACCAAUAACAACUCGUCGUCCAGUUCCAACAACGACCAGGGCACCACCACCACCAGUGACUACUCGUAAGUUGACAACUCCAGUGCCAACAUAUUUGCCACCUACAACCCGUAGACCACCACCACCAGUGACAACUCCAAGGCCAACAACUCCAGUUCCAACUUACUUGCCACCCACAACUCGUCGUCCAGUUCCAACAACGACAAGGGCUCCACCAGGUCCAGUGACAACUCGUAAGUUGACAACUCCAGUUCCAACAUACUUGCCACCUACAACCCGUAGACCACCACCACCAGUGACAACUCCAAGGCCAACGACUCCAGUUCCAACUUACUUGCCACCCACAACUCGUCGUCCAGUUCCAACAACAACAAGGGCUCCACCAGCACCAGUGACAACUCGUAAGUUGACAACACCUGUUCCAACAUACUUGCCACCUACGACCCGUAGACCACCACCACCAGUGACAACUCCAAGGCCAACAACUCCAGUUCCAACUUACUUGCCACCCACAACUCGUCGUCCAGUUCCAACAACGACAAGAGCUCCACCAGCACCACUAACAACUCGUAAGUUGACAACACCUGUUCCAACAUACUUGCCACCUACGACCCGUAGACCACCACUACCAGUGACAACUCCAAGGCCAACAACUCCAGUUCCAACUUACUUGCCACCCACAACUCGUCGCCCAGUUCCAACAACGACAAGGGCCCCACCAGCACCAGUGACAACUCGUAAGUUGACAACUCCAGUUCCUACAUACUUGCCACCUACAACCCGUAGACCACCACCACCAGUGACAACUCCAAGGCCAACAACUCCAGUUCCAACUUACUUGCCACCAACAACUCGUCGCCCAGUUCCAACAACGACAAGGGCCCCACCAGCACCAGUGACAACUCGUAAGUUGACAACUCCAGUUCCAACAUACUUGCCACCUACAACUCGUAGACCUCCACCACCAGUGACAACUCCUAGGCCAACAACUCCAGUUCCAACUUACUUGCCACCCACAACUCGUCGCCCAGUUCCAACAACAACAAGGGCCCCACCAGCACCAGUGACAACUCGUAAGUUGACAACUCCAGUUCCAACAUACUUGCCACCUACAACUCGUAGACCUCCACCACCAGUGACAACUCCUAGGCCAACAACUGCAAGGCCAACAACAAGGCCUCCAGCACCAAGGACAACUCCAGUGCCAACGUACUUGCCACCUACAACACGUCGUCCAGUUCCAACAACGACAAGAGCUCCACCACCACCAGUGACUACUCGCAAGUUGACAACUCCAGUGCCAACAUACUUGCCACCUACAACUCGCAGGCCACCACCACCAGUGACAACUCCUAGGCCUACAACUCCAAGACCAACUACUCCUAGACCAACACCUCCACCAACUUACGCACCCCCAACUACUCUAAGAACUCUUCCACCAGUGACCACGCCCAGGCCCACAGUUCCAGUAACAAGGCCACCACCACCAAGGACGACCUCAGUGUUGCCACGCACAUCCACACCAGCUCCAACUUAUCUGCCACCAAUCGAUGGGUACAAAUACCCAGUUCCAAACAUCCCAUUCGUCUACUAAAGAAUGGAUCGAACGGAACCAGCAGUAGCCCUCGAAGCCAGUUACAAAAACAACAACAACAACAAAAACAUUUUGAACCUUAUACCAUAGGUAGAUGGAACAACUUGACAAGGGCUAGAUUCUUCUAGUCAUUGCAGUGGGUAGCCCUUUUUUAUUUUCCCUUUCCCCCAAAAGUCAGAUUGUUGACCUAAAAACAACAGCUGCUUACCGUUAUUAUGUAAAAUAAUUAUUGAGAUAGGUUUUUUGUUAUUAAUAAAUUAUAAGAAUUAUUGUAAAACUAUUCGCAUAUUGUGUCUAAUUGUUUAACUUUAUAACUCGUAGUCAAGAGCGUUUUCUAAAAACGGCAACGCUCUUUAAUAUAAAUAAAUUUAUAUAAAAGAUUUUUAAAAAAAUGUUCUUGGCUUUUGUUGAUUAAUUUCCUGCCCGUCUGUAAAAAAUGUAGCCUCAUCUUGGUUUGCUUAUAGGAUUCUGCUUCUUUGUCUCUCUGAUGACAUUGUUUUUUUACGUUAUCUAAAUUUAAGUGUUGUACCUACUUUUAUACGUUUUCUCAAAAAAAGCCUACAAUAAACGAAUUAUAAAAAAAAUUAA